AUCAUCACCUCGCUCUCGCUUAUCGAUAGAGAGCACGGCAAUAAACAGCUGCAGCCGUUUCAUCGUGCGUAACGUCAAAACAAAUCUCAGCUCUAUACGCCCGGUCACCCGGUCGCCGUAUGGUUUCCGGGGGUCAAACCAGCCAAAGCUGAUAGCGUGUGCCGUCCUGGGAUCCAUGCGAUCGUAACCCGCGAACGAACAGAUGUUGGUAGUGUUCCUGGCGUGCAAGCUGCACCGUUAUUAGUUCGGGAACGCACUUGACCGUGAGAGGCCGUCCAGAGUGGCAGCAGUCGUGUGUGUGUGUGUGUGGUGUACCGAAAAGUGCAGUCACUCGAUCGAUCAAUAGCAGCGCAGAGAGUGUAGCCACCAAGAUGACGAUCAAGAUCGCGCUCAUACAGUUGCGGGUGGUAGAUUCCAAGGAGAAAAACCUUAAAAAUGCCAUCGAUCUGAUACGCAUCGCGAAGAAGGAAAAGGACGCAAAUGUGGUCGUGCUGCCGGAGUGCUUUAAUGCGCCGUACACCGCAGAUACGUUGCUGAACGUGGCGGAGGAAAUUCCAGCCGGCGAGACAUGCCGCGCACUUUCGAAUGCUGCGCGCGAUUUCGGCGUACACGUCGUCGGUGGAUCGAUAGUGGAGUCGUGCAGUGGACGGCUGUACAACACCUGUACCGUCUGGGGCCCGGAAGGUGACCUGGUGGCAACAUAUCGAAAGGUGCACCUGUGCGAUUCGAGCCUAAGCGGAAAGAUGACCGUGGCCGAGACGAAGCUGUUUACCGCGGGCAGCAAGUAUGCCACCUUUACCGUCGGCGAAACGCGCAUCGGCCUCGGCAUCUGUUGGGAUAUGCGGUUUGCCGAGUUUGCCACCGCCUACCGUACGAUGGGCUGCGAUCUACUGAUCUACCCGGCGGUCUGUGAUGUACCGACGGGCGAGCAGCACUGGGAGCUGCUGGCGAAGGCGCGAGCCCUGGACAAUCAGGCGUUUGUGGCGUUUUGCUCCCCGGCACGGGAUACGCACGCGAAACUGAUCCCGUACGGGCAUUCGCUGGUGGUCGAUCCGUGGGGCCGCAUCAUUCAACGGGCGACCGAAUUUCAGGAGAUCGUUGUGGCGGAUCUGGUACUGAAGGAGCUGACCGACGUGCGCAAGCGGAUACCGGUGUUCGAGCAGAAGCGCACCGAUCUGUACGACCUGAAGGUUGGCUGCUCGUAAUGUCGGACGCGUAAUUUCCCGAACAUUGUGUUUGUGAUUGCGAAUCACGCCACACGACACGAACGGCCAGAAGAUCCUAUAUGUAUGUGUGUAUGUGUGUAUGUGUUUUUGCUUCUAAUUUAAAGAUCAGCCAUUUGGUUGUUGUGUGGUAUGGAACGCACCCAGGUUUUUUUUUUUUUGUUGUAAAAGUCAAAUGUGAAACAAUCUUUUCGAUGCUUUUAUUGCUACUUUUUCGUUUUACUGAUAAUGAAUAAAAACAUUUUUACGCUUCUACUUGAGAUGCAGUGUGUAA